AUGGGAACAGUAGCAGGAACAGGAAGCUCAGCAAAGCACAUGUUAUGCAUGAUGAUCAUGUCCGUUAUGAUGAUUAUGCCCGCAAGAGCAACUGCGGCACCGUCACCGUCGGCCCCAUCAUCAUCAUUUGUUGCUUUCCAACAACUGAAAGAGCAGGUGCAGCAGCAGGGAGCGGACAAACACCACUAUGAGGCACGGACGUCGGAAAUAUUUCUUCAAGACUACGGCAUUUGGAAUCCAACACCUUAUUAUGGUAGAGGCGACAUGGCUCCUAUUCCCCACUGA